CUCCGCCCACCUGUGCCCAGCAGUGCACCCACCUGUGCCACCCAGCAGUGUCACACAAGUGUGCCCAGAAGUGCCACCUACCUGUGCCCAGCAGUGCCACCCACCUGUGCCCACCCACCUGUGCCCACCAGUGCCACCCACCUGUGCCCAUCAGCGCAGCCCAGCAGUGCUGCCAGUCAGUGGCACCAGUCAUCAGUGCCACCUAUCAGUGCUGUCUAUCAGUACCCAUCAUCAGUGUUGCCUAUCCGUGACACCUCAUUAGUGCUGCCUAUCAGUGCCGCCUAUCCGUGACACCUCAUUAGUGCUGCCUAUCAGUGCUGCCUAUCAGUGCCCUUCCGUG